AUGAAGUCAUUCACUGCUCUAGCAUUAGGUCUCUCGACUUUGAUAAGCCAAUCUUCGGGUCAUUACAUUUUCCAAAAGUUGACGUACGGCGGGACUCUUUAUCCAGUCUAUCAAUACAUUCGUCCAAACACCAAUAACAAUAGCCCUGUUACGGAUCUAGCUUCCAAUGACUUACGCUGCAAUGUUGGCGGAGGUACCGGAACCGGCACCAAGACCAUCAGCGUGAAAGCAGGUGAUGCCUUUUCGAUAAACGCAGACAUUGCCGUCUAUCACCAAGGACCAGUCUCACUCUACAUGGCCAAAGUCCCUAGUGGCUCAACAGCUGCCGCCUUUGAUGGUUCUGGAAAGGUGUGGUUCAAGAUCCAAGACAUUGGCCCAACCUUCGAUGCGUCUGGCAAUGCCGCAUGGCAACUCUCUCAAACCUAUACAUCCAAAUUUCCAGCCGGUUUACCAAGCGGUGACUAUCUCCUCCGAACACAGCAACUGGCAAUCCACAAUCCUUGGCCCGCAGGAAUCCCCCAAUUUUACAUAAGCUGUACACAAGUCACCGUUACGAACGGUGGAGCUGGAACCCCAGGACCACUAGUAUCCAUUCCAGGGGCGUUCAGUUCAUCAGAUCCUGGAUACACCGUUAAUAUCUAUAACAAUUUCAAGAACUAUACUGUUCCUGGUCCUACAGUGUGGAAUGGGAAAUGA